UGUCAAAAUUAAACGCAUUCGCACUAAGUUUACUAAAAAGCGUGUUUUUGUUUGUUUUUGUACUGCUAAAUUUAAUUAAAAAUGACCAAAAAGAAACCUCAUCCGAAUCUUUCUAAAGAAGAAAAAAUGGUGAUAGUGAUAUCAGAGAUUAUACAAGAAUUACUAAUAGCGCAUCGCCAAGGUAAAGAUGUUAACCUCAAUAAAAUGAAGACGAGAAUUUCGUCUAAAUAUGGAUUAGGAACAUCGCCUAGACUCGUAGAUAUAAUAGCUGCGGUACCCGCUGAUGCUAAAAGUAUACUAUUACCGAAAUUAAAAGCUAAACCUAUACGAACUGCGUCUGGGAUUGCGGUCGUAGCUGUGAUGUGUAAACCUCACCGAUGUCCGCAUAUUAACUUCACGGGAAACAUAUGUGUAUACUGCCCCGGUGGUCCUGACUCGGAUUUUGAGUAUUCCACUCAGAGUUAUACAGGUUACGAGCCAACAUCUAUGAGAGCGAUAAGAGCUAGGUACAACCCUUACUUACAAACUCGGCACAGAGUGGAACAAUUGAAGCAAUUAGGACACAGUGUAGAUAAGGUUGAGUUUAUUGUCAUGGGAGGCACAUUUAUGAGUCUGCCUGAAGAUUAUAGAGACUAUUUUAUAAGGAACCUCCAUGAUGCUCUUUCCGGUCACACAUCAAGUAGUGUGUCAGAAGCAGUGAAGUAUUCAGAGAAGGCAAAGACCAAGUGCAUUGGUAUCACAAUAGAGACCAGGCCUGAUUAUUGUCUGCAGAGGCAUAUGAGUGAUAUGCUUAACUAUGGAUGCACAAGGUUGGAAAUUGGAGUACAGUCAGUUUAUGAGGACAUUGCCCGAGACACCAACAGGGGCCAUACUGUCAAAGCUGUUUGUGAAAACUUCAACUUGGCAAAAGAUGCUGGUUACAAGAUUGUUGCUCACAUGAUGCCAGAUCUACCUAAUGUUGACUUUGAAAGAGAUGUUGAACAGUUUAUAGAGUUCUUUGAGAAUCCAGCAUUCAGAGCUGAUGGCUUGAAGAUCUAUCCAACUUUAGUUAUACGAGGCACUGGUUUAUAUGAGUUGUGGAAGACUGGGAGAUAUAGGAGUUAUCCACCAUCGACUUUGGUUGAUUUGAUUGCAAAGAUUUUGGCUCUGGUGCCGCCGUGGACUAGAGUGUACAGAGUACAGCGUGACAUUCCAAUGCCACUAGUGUCAUCUGGUGUGGAACAUGGCAACUUGCGAGAAUUAGCACUUGCUCGUAUGGCAGAUCUGGGUACAGAUUGUAGAGAUGUACGCACCAGGGAGGUUGGCAUACAGGAGAUACAUAAUAAAGUGAGACCUUAUGAGGUAGAGCUAAUACGACGUGAUUAUGUAGCCAACGGUGGCUGGGAGACAUUCCUGUCCUACGAGGAUCCCGAUCAGGAUAUAUUGGUUGGUCUGCUGAGGCUCAGGAAGUGUGCCGCUGAUACUUAUCGGCCGGAGUUGAAGCCAGGACCGAAUGCUAACUUCAAACAGUGCAGUAUUGUGAGAGAAUUGCAUGUUUAUGGCUCUGUUGUGCCGGUAAACGCUCGUGAUCCAACUAAGUUCCAACAUCAAGGUUUCGGUAUGCUUCUAAUGGAGGAAGCGGAGCGCAUUGCGCGCGAAGAACACGGCUCCGACAAGAUGGCUGUCAUAUCCGGAGUCGGCACUAGGAAUUAUUACGCCAAGAUUGGUUACCAUCUCGAAGGGCCCUAUAUGGUCAAACUGCUUGUAUAG